GGAAGAUCACGGCACUCGGAAGACAACAUAUCUGAACUUUCCAGGAGAAACCAGACGACAUCGAAAUCGACAUCGACGUAGCCAGCACACAGCUGUACAGCUUGCAGCACCUCGCACGCAAUGGCUUCUGCACGGCCUGCCGCCCGCCUCGCAGCCGACCUUCUCCGACUUACACCUCGCCGACCUACACCAUUACUAGUACCUACACCACAACCAACAACGACAACCGUCUCGACAUUAUGUCGGUCCUUCACGAUACGCACCCGCUUUCUUCACAACGGUACCUUUUUCACUCCUACUCCCACUCCGCCAAACCCAAAACCGCCAAAACAUGACGCUUCUCGAGGUCCAAAGGAUCAACGAACCCGAACCCCUCCCCGACAGGCGCGCGCCGCGCCCACUAGUCUGGCCGUAGGCGCUGGCGUUGCUGUCUUGGCUUCCUACCUCUAUAACCGUGAUCGCGAACGCGACAGCAAGAGCAAGACCAAGACCAAUCUCGACAGCAGCAGCCGCACCGACCGAGACGACCGAGACAGAGCGAAAGAUCCAGAUCCAGAUAAAGAACCACCACCACCCUCUCCAGAGCCAGAAACUUCCCAACAACCUGACGAUAUUACUGCCAAAGAAGACACCCGCGAACCCCUCUCCCUCCCCCGCUACCACCUCUCCGAAAUCCGAUCCCAGCACUCCUCCACCUCUUCCUCCCCCUGGGUUACCUACGCCGACAAAGUCUACGACAUCACAACCUGGGUCGGCGCCCACCCCGGCGGGGACGUGAUCCUCCGCGCCGCCGGUGGUCCGAUCGAGCCGUACUGGGACAUUUUUACGAUCCACAAGACUUCGCCCUACGUCCGGGACAUUCUGGAGCAGUUUUGCGUGGGGUAUAUACUUUUGGAUGAUUUAGACCCGGUGACAAAAAGGCCGAAGAUGGAAGAGGUGGAGGACCCGUUCGAAAAAGAUCCGGUGAGGGAUGAGAGACUGAUAACGCAUACGGCGAAGCCGAGGAAUGCGGAGACGCCGUCGGACUUGGUGGGAGCGGAGUUCAAGACGGGAGAGGACGUGUUUUAUGUGAGACAUCAUAUGUGGGUGCCUGUUGUUGAUGUCGAAGACCUAAAGAAAGGGGGGAAGAAGUUUGUGUUGAACGUGGAGUUGCCGGAUGGAGAGACACGGGGUUACACCCUAAAAGAGUUGAAGGAGAGGUUUCGGAGACAUAAGGUUACGGCGACGCUGCAGUGCUCGGGCAACAGACGGAAUGACAUGACGCGCCACGCCGGCAAGACGAACGGGCUGCAAUGGGGCGUGGGAGCGAUCAGUAAUGCGGAGUGGGAAGGGGUUUUGUUGAGGGAUGUGUUGAAGGAUGCAGGGUUAAAGGUCGCUGACCCAUCUACUGCUACCGCCGUCGUCCAGCCCCCAUCUGCUCCCUCCUCCUCCACCUCCGACGAAGAACUGACCUCCCAAAAAGACCUCCACGUGCAAUUCUCCGCCCUAGAAGCCUACGGCGCCUCCAUCCCCCUCUCCAAAGCCCUCGAUCCCACCGGUGACGUCCUCCUCGCCUUCGGCAUGAACGGGCGCGCUCUGCCUCGCGACCACGGAUUCCCAUUAAGGGCCAUCGUCCCCGGCCACGUCGCCGCUCGCUCGGUCAAGUGGCUCAACAAGAUUGUUGUGUCAGACGAGGAAAGCCCGAGCCAGUGGCAGAGAAGAGAUUACAAGAGCUUUGGACCGAAUGAGGGCGCGAAUCCGGAUUGGGAGCGGGCGAGGAGUAUACAGGAGAUGCCGGUGACUAGUGCUAUUACGGGGGUUUGGGUGGGGAGUGAUUGUUUCAAGAACAAGAAGAAGGAGGGCAAGCAGGAGCAGGAGGAGGGGAAUGGGAAGAAGACGGUGGAUUUGGCGGGUGUGGAUGGGCAGAAGGUUGGCUGUACUAAGACUACCACCACCGGUACUACCACCACCGGUACCACUGCCACCCCUUCCUCAUCCCCCGAAACCAAACCCAACAAAAUCCCCAUCAGCAUGCAAGGCUACGCUUACUCAGGCGGCGGCCGCGCCAUCGCCCGCGUGGACGUCUCCCUCGACAACGGACGAACAUGGGACCAAGCGGAGCUGAUUGACGAUUGCAGUAACCCUGCGACUCCUUGUUACGGGAAUAAGACGUGGACUUGGAAGAGGUGGAAAUACUCUGGCAAUUUACCGCCAUCUGUCCUCCCUUCCUCAGCUUCCUCCUCUCCCAGCUCUACCUUCUCCAGCAGUAAGCCGGCUAGCGAGGAGGACAAGAAAUGCACAACCCUAAUAGUCAAAGCCAUCGACGAAGCCUACAACACCCAGCCCGAGUCACACGCCGGCAUCUACAACGUGCGGGGCAAUCUGGCUACGGCUUGGCAUCGCGUCAGGAUUUGUCCCGAGUGUGUUGCUUGUCCUGAUGGAGGAAAGGGAGUCAAGUGGGUGACUGGAAAAGUGAUUGGAUGUGGGUUUGAGAAGGAGGUGGAGGAGGCGAGGGAGAAGGGGGAGAAGAAGAAGAAGAAGGAGGAGGGGGAGAGUAGUGCGGUUGGGACUGCUGCUGGGAAGUGAUUCAUGGUAUAUAGGGGGUGGGAUGGCUAGGGCAAUGAGCUGUUUUGGA